AUGGCCAGCAGCAGCAGCGCCCCCGCGCUGCUGCAGCGCCUGCCGACGCCUCGCCGGCAGCAAGUCAAGGGGGAACCAAUGGUCGCAGCAGCAGCAGCAGCAGCAGAAACAGCAAGUGCAGCAGCGGCAGCAGAGUAUCUGGCUGCGGCAGUUCGGGGCCUCGAGUGCAGCGCGGAAACAGCAGAAGUGCUGCAGGGCUAUUUGGGGCGGCUGAGCUCCCGGGUUUCUAAAGAAGUGGAGCCGCUGCUGCAGCGGUGGGUGCAGCGGGCCCUAGACUGCUGCGAUCUUGCUGCUGCAUGCCGCAUGCAUGCACAUUUGCUGCUGCUGCUCAAGGACUCUCUGUGGGAGGAGCUCAGCCCCCAAAGCGUAACAGCAAUUGUGUCUUCUCUUUUUUUUCUGUUUGCUCACCACUCCUUUGCGGGUGAGAGCGCCGGCAGCGCCCUUUCGCUGCAGCUGCUGCAGCAGCAGCAGGGGCUCGGCCGCAGCAGCAGCAGCAGCAGCAACGCAGCCACCCCCGGCGCCCGCAGCGGAACGGCCCUGGGAGGCGACUCUGCUGCUGCAGCGUCCGCAGGGGACACUGCAGCAGCUGCUGCUGCUGCUGGAGAGACCCUGGGAAUAUCCGACGCAGAGAUUUAUCAGCUGCUGCAGGAGCAGCGUUUGCUGCUGAUCCGGUGGCUUGACCUGCACCCCGAAGCAGCAGGAGCUGUGCUGGAGACUGCCAUACAGUCCGUGACCUUUUCAGGGACCAGCAUGAGCACUGCGCGAGCAGCAGCAGCAGCAGCAGCAGCAGCAGCAACAGCAACCGCAGCAGCUGCUGCGGAAGAGACGGACGCCGCUGCUGCUGCUCUCGCAGCAUGCGCUGCUGCUUCGAACGUCUUCGCACCUGAGAGAAGCCUGGCUACGCUAGUGGGCGGCAGCUCGACAGGGACAGGAGCAGCAGCAGCAGCAACAGCUGCUGCAGCAGCAGCAGCAGCAGCAACAGCAAACGCUGGCCCGUCGGGGUGUCGGCGGUGGCGAGCGGUGGAAGGUCUCGGCGUGUCAGGACGGUACAUUCCUGCUGCUGCUGCUGCUGCUGCUGGGGACAGCAGCAGCCGGGAGGCCGGGGAGGAAGCUGCUGCAGCGGGAGCUGCUGCUGCUGCAGCGAAGCGGGCGCAGGCGCUCGACCAGCAGCAGCAAGAGCAGCAAGAGCAGCACGCCUCGGGAGGCGUGGGGCUGCUGCGGGGGGCUGUUGUUGCUAUGCAUGCAGCAAUGAAGCGCAGCACUUUGCGGCUGCUGGGCGGAGAGCCUCCCCAGCUUCCUGCUGCAGCGGGACAGGCAGCAGCUUACGCCGAGUCCCUCAAGGCUUCGCUGGCCAUGGAGUCCGAGGUCCAGGCCAACCUCCAAACAGCUGAGCUCUCGCUGCGGCAAAACCAAAUGCAGCUGCUCGGCUUCUGGGCAAACAACUUCGGAGACUUUUUGCAGCUUUUCGGGGCCACCAGCCGCUCGGCCCCAAUUCAAACAGCAGUGGUGGAGGAGACCCCGGAGCGCCUUUGGCUGCGCCUUCUCGGGCUCGACCACGACCUCGUGCGCUGGGCCCCUUGCCCUUCUUUCUUCACAACGAGUGACGCGCUGAAGAGUGCUUUCCCCAGGGAGUACCGCGUGAAGAGCAGCAGCUGCAGCAGCUGCAGCAGCAGCAGCAGCGGCAGCUGCAGCAGCUGCAGCAGCUGCUUCGAAGCCGAGGAGGCCUGGGUGGCCCCCUACGCCUCAGCGUUCUUCUCUAGGCACUUUGUGGGGUCUCAGGUGUACGUACAGCGCGCGCCCAGGCUAAAAGGCCUUCAGGCAGCUCACCAGCUCUUUGAAGACUGGACUCGAGGGGUCUCUCGCCGCGCUGCUGCUGCUGCCGCUGCAGCAGCAGCAGCAGCAAAACCCGGGAAGGCAGCAGCAAAACACGCAGCAGCAGCAGCAGCGGAAGAAGCCAGCGGAGCCGGGACACCUGCCACGGACGGGGACGCAGGCUCCGUGUACUCUGACAGCGACUCCAGCAGCAACAGCAGCAGCAGCAGCAGCAGCAGCAGCAACAGCAGCGGGAGCCUCAUGCGGUUUCUUGUGUGGGUCCACGACGCGGCCGCUCUAGACACAGAAGACCCCAGAGAACUGCUGCCAGUGGAGGCAGCAGGGCCUGCGGACUUCAGGACUUUGGCGGAGGCCUUCGAGGCCCAAGCAGCUCGCAGGCCUGAUGAGGGGCCCACUGUCGCCUGUACGCCGGCUUGCUGCUGCUGCUGCUGCUGCUGCUGCUGCUGCUGCUGCUGCUGCUGUGGCUGCUGUUUUGCGCGCAGUCGUGGAGUGCGUAGGGCUUGUGCAGCCUCAUGGGGUGUGUGUUUGUCCGCAGCUGCGCUUCUAACUAGCGGCGUUGCUGCUGCAGCAGCAGCAGCAGCAGCAGUGUCCGGAGGGGCGGGGGGCCCCACAGAGGCCCCCGCGGAGGGGGCCCCGCGGUGUUUGAAAGAAAUUGUUUUUCUGAGAAGUCCUGGAGUUGUGUUUGUUUUUGAUUUGGUGGAAAGUGGGCGGCAGGUGUACAGACAGUUCUGCUUCUCCUCUUCCCUCAGGGCCUCACUGGACUGCUGCUGCACCAAAAGGCUGGGGGCCCCCCUGGUGAGGGCCCCCACGGAGGCCCCUGAGCUUGCUGCAGGGUCCCUGUACCAAGUCCCUGACCUUGGGUUGGCUUCGGCUGAGGAGAUUGCUGCAGCAGCAGCAGCAGCAGAAGCAGCAGCGGCGUCCGCGUCCGCUGGGGCUGAAGACGAAGGCGGACUCCACGCAGCAGCAGCAGCAGCAGCAGCAAGAGAAGCUGCGCAGCAGCUGGCCUCCAGCUUCGAUUCUAAGGGCCCCUGUGCCCCCUCUCUGGUUAUUGCCAGGCGGAGGGGCCCCGGGGGCCCCCGCGAGGUGUAUGUACCCUCCCGCCAUCUCAGGGUAAGCAGCAGCAGGGGCAAAUUCUGCAGCUUCUGGGCCUUUUAA